AUGGCUGAGGAGAAGACUUUCCGCAUCGGCUUCAUUGUGCUGGGGCUCUUCCUGCUGGCCCUUGGGACAUUUCUCAUGAGCCACGACCGGCCCCAGGUCUACGGCACAUUCUAUGCCAUGGGCGGUGCCAUGGUGAUCGGGGGCGUCCUCUGGAGCAUGUGCCAGUGCUACCCUAAGAUUGCCUUUGUACCCGCUGACUCUGAAUUCCAAGACACGCUGUCCCCGAAGGCACUGGGGCUGCUGGAAAACAAGCUCGGCACCGAGAUGAAGAGCCCCAGCCCCCAGCCCCCAUAUGUCAGGCUGUGGGAGGACGCUGCCUAUGAUCAGAGCCUGCCCAACUUCAGCCACAUCCAGAUGAAGGUCAUGGGCUACAGGGAGGACCCUCGCCCCCUCCUGGCCCCUGAGCCAGGGCAGCUGCAGCUGGGAGCCAGUGAUGGAGGAGGAGGCAGCCCUGUCAACUCUCAGGCCUGGGUGGAGUCCGCUGUGGUUGUCCACCGGAGCUCGGACGAGGACAAGGGAGAGAGAAUCCCAGCUGAAAGCAGUCCAGGCCCCCCGGCCUGUCCCCCGGGCCCUGCACCCUUGGCCUCCUUCCAAGAAGACCUGGACGUGGGCUCCAGCAAGGGCAGUAGCCCCAGCCCAUCUCCACCCAACGGGGAGGAGCCUCGCCUGCCACCACCAGAUCCCUGGGCCUGCAGGUGCCAGCUGGACCGCUUCCAUGACUUUGCCCUGAUUGACUCAGCCACAUCAGGGGAUGUGCUGCCAGAGGGGCCACAGCAGGAGAUGGUCCUGCCCAGGUACUGGCAGCGGUAUCCUAGGAUGAAGGAGGAGGUGGCAUCGGACACAGGUGUGGAGGACCCUCAGAAGGAAGAUGAUAACUUGUACUACGGGCUGCCGGAUGGGCCUGAGGACCCCCUCCCCGACAAGGAACUGGGGUUUGAGCCCGACAGCCAGAGCUGAGAUUAACCUGCUCCCUGGGUUUUAGCCUGGCAUGACUGCUAACC